AAUUAUAGUACCUGUAAAUAUAUCAUGCAUGUAUGUAUGUAUAUUAUUAGACAAUGAUGCAUAGAUUUUAUAAGAUAAUACUGAAUAGUAAACAAACCCACUCGACACGCCUAUUUUUGUAUUUACAAAACUUGUAUGCCAGUCAGAAGUUAAUCUUGUAACGUUAUGAAAAAUGUUUUCUUCAAUAUAAAACUUGGCAACUCGGCCAUAAAAGUAUGUCAAAUUUGCGCAGCUGCGUUUGCAGUUUUUCAUCUUGGCCGUUCAUUCGUUUUCUAAGGUCCAUGUUAAAAUGUUGUUUAGUUUAUGUUUUUGUGCACAGCAAUGUGAUGUUCGUUUAUAUUAAUUUUUGUUGGGCUUUAAUUUCGAGUUAGUGAGCUUAAUUUUAAUUUAUAGUUAUGCAAAAGUGAGAAUAUAACCGGUGCUACAAAAUUGACGGAGGCGUUUUUACAGAAAAAAAAAAAUCAAAAAUGCAGUGAAUGCGUAAAUUGUUUACAGAUUUAUAGCUCCUUGUAAAAAGAGCUCCAGUUACAAGGCAAAGAAAAAAAAGUACAUAAUUGGUGUGACGACAGCUGUAACUGCAUCCAUGAUACGUUGAUGGUUAAAGCACCGCGAUUGAAAUAAAUAAAAGAUCAAAUUGAGAGAAAUGUGGCACAAACAUACCCAGGGAGAGUGCUACAAACAUGAAAAUCUGCCUAAGAAAAAACUUUUAUCAAUGACACCAAAAUUUCUGUGCAAGCUGUAUUAUCUUAUUGGCGUGCUGUUCCUGCCGCUUGUAACCUCAGGUCAUAAUUGCCAGCAUUUGCACCCCAAAGCUCAUGAGGUGAUUCAUGGCGUCCGCAUUGAAAUGGCUGGUUCGCCGCAUUCACAUCAGAGUACGCACGGCUUACAAAAACGCAGCACUAAUGCCGCUGAGCAACCGCUGCGCAUCCUACUCUUCUACGACGAGUCUGUUUACAGAUUAGAUGAAGAUAAGUUCGAGUUGAUCAACAACACAGUAUUACCAGAGGCUGUACAAUUUUGGGAACAAGCGCUAAUGGUGCGCGAAACAAAGGGUGUAAUUAGGCUUAACAGAAAAUGUAACAGUACGCAAGUGUUUGUGAAAAAUGGGCUGACGCAUUGCAUCGAUAACUGUAAAAAGGUGACAAUGUGCGGAGAGGUUGAAGUGCCAAAGGAACAUUUAGAUGUUUGUCGCGUAUGCAACGCCACCGGACAAAAUUGCCGAAUUGACGAGUCUACACAAGCAGGUGAUGGCAUUGAAAAUGCAGACUUUAUAUUUUAUGUGUCAGCACGGCAAACAGAGCGCUGUCACAAGGGUCUAACGGUUGCUUAUGCAGCACAUUGUCAACAAGAAGCCCAUUUAGACCGCCCCAUUGCGGGACAUGCCAAUCUGUGUCCAGAGAGUAUAAGCACAAAGCCGCAGGAACUACAGACUUUAUUGUCGACAGUGAAGCACGAAAUUCUGCAUGCGCUUGGGUUUUCAGUCAGUCUCUAUGCGUUCUUUCGUGACGAUGAAGGCCGACCCAGAACGCCACGCAAGCCCGAUACUGGAAAGCCUUAUUUAAAUGAAAAACUGCAAAUUCACCAGUGGAGCAACGAGACAAUAAGAACAGUGGUACGUGAAAAUUGGUCAGUACGUGGUGGUCAUGUUCGCAAGACGUUGGAUAUGAUGGUGACACCGCGUGUCGUGGCCGAAGUUCGCAAACACUUUAAUUGCCCAAAGCUUGAGGGUGCGGAGUUGGAAGACCAAGGAGGUGAAGGCACAGCAUUGACUCACUGGGAAAAGCGCAUUUUAGAGAAUGAGGCAAUGACAGGAACACAUACGCAAUCGCCAGUAUUUUCACGUAUUACUUUAGCAUUAAUGGAAGAUUCUGGUUGGUAUCGUGCCAAUUACAGCAUGGCGGCGCCGCUUUCAUGGGGAAAAGGUCUUGGUUGCAAUUUUGUUAUGCAAAGUUGUAAGGAUUGGAUUCAAGCUAAUAAUGGAAGUACGAGCAAUGAACGCGAGAAUUGGCUGCGAGGUCGUUCAAUUCAUCCGUUUUGUUCAAAAGUAAAGCAAGAUCCCUUACAAACUGAAUGCACGGAUGAUCGCAAUUCGGUGGCGCUGUGCAAUUUAAUACGGCAUGAUUACGAGUUGCCAAAGAAAUAUCAGAAUUUCGACAGCAUAAGUCAUGUCAUAAGCGGCGAAGAAGGCUAUUAUGGUGGAUCCGUAUCAUUGGCAGAUCACUGCCCCUACAUUCAAGAGUUUACGUGGCGCAGUAAAAAUGUAAUUGUGCGCGGCUCACAUUGUCGAUUUGUCGAGAAUAAUCCGAAACCUGAAAAGAAUUUCGCUUUGGAGAGUUACGGCAUCGGCUCGAAGUGCUUUGAUCACAGUGACUUUAUGUGGGAAGAGCGAUCAUGUCAUCAGACGCGUGAAUGGCAGCACUGGGGUUCAGGUUGCUACAAGUACAAUUGUACCGAUGGUCGUCUUCAUAUACUGGUGGCCAAUUACACCUACACUUGUUACUAUCCUGGUCAGACGUUAUCAAUACGUGUGAAUGCCAACGACUGGUUGCAUCGCGGCNAAUAAAUAUCC